ACUAUCCGAUUUCCAUUGUAAAAAUUGUUUGUCACAAAUGAAUUAUUGUACAUCAUGAAUCUUCCGAUCAAAAUGUCCUUUUUUAUCCUUAUUAACUAUUCAAAAAUUUCAUAGGAAAAAUCAAUGAAAUGGAAAAUUAAAGUGAAUUUUCAUCAUAAGAUAUUCUUUUUAAACAUCGUAAAAUUAUUUAUUAUUAAAUAAUAUAAAUUUCAUUAUAAAUAUGACUAACGUUAUGUUCUUUAUUUAACGUAAAAAUGAUAUAAAUUCGCGAUUUUUUAAUCAAUAAUUGCGCAAGCGCAAAGUAUCUAUCAGAAAUGAAUCUUGCUUCUCGGUCAAUUCGCGACAAUCGUGAUGCGAGAUUCGCGAUACAGAUGGCGAUGUUGCGCUUGCUAAACAAGUUUGCCACGCGUGCCGGCGAAAUAGUGGAAAUCGUCGUCUCGUUGCCGGUUCGUGUUCGUCAGUUUCCCCUUCGUGCACAUAUAUGUCUGUGAAUUGUGGUAUGCGCUAGACAUGCAGCCCGUAUACAUGUACACGUGCCCCGGGGGGUAGGGUUUCUAGAUCCCUUGUUCUUUCCGUCGCGAAAAGAAGGGCUUUUUGCAAUCGACUGCCAGUCUGUGUGCCUCGAAUUCGUGAAGGAGACACGGUUCGAGUAUGUGAAUUUGACGAUACGUGGACAAAUAGUGUAACUUCCGUUGAAAAGGAUUUCUGAGUUACAUGCUCUUUAUUUUACGUGAAUUCCUGCGAAAAAACUUGCUUAUUCGCGAGUGAUAUUAAUGCAUCUGAUGCAAAUUAUUCAUUAGAUUGUUGAAAUAGCCUGAUUAUCUUGAAAUUUGGAUUCGAGAAAGAAAUUUGCGAUCAGUAGUGAUGAGAACAAAGUAUUCGCGAACAAUGGCCGAUAUUCAAGAAAUUAUUGACUGUCUAAAUCUAUACGUGUUAGUAUAGAAAUAUAUUUCAAAUACAUACUCGAAUUUCUGAUAUUUCUGCAACAAUUGAUAAAUCCUACCUCAAGAUUCUGUAUACAUCCUGUUAAAACUGCUACGAUUCUUUUAAUUUAUUCUUUGAUUGAGGCAAUGUUUAUUUCAUUCACAAAUAAACUUAAAAUUAAAGAGUGUUCUAAAUAAAUUAUAUAAAAAUUCAUGUGAAUAUUUGUGACGGGUAUGUCGAUUUGACGAUACGUCCCUGGUCCCCGUCGUAGAGGCAGAGAGACACGACGACGACUGGCCGAAGAAACGAGAAAAGGCACCGGGUAUGCGUGAGGGCAGUGAUCUCUCAGGGAGCGGCGACCUGACGUACGAACGAACGAAUCUCCAUCUCAAGAAAACUGACGGACAUUGCAAGGGCCAGCCUGCACCAUCUAUUCCAAACUUUUCUUCCCCAUACCUUGGCGCAUGGGGCGGGGCCGUUGCAGUGCAUCGAAAGAGAAAUUUUUCCGGCGGUUGUUGGCCCAGCCCCACGACGAACGAAUACUAGGGUGUUUCCCACAUGAAUGGCAGAGCAGUGGAGGCACAUUGCAAGCAAGCUGCAGCGCUGCAGUAGGCCUGUGGGCCAAGGUUUAUGGGAUCUGUGAAGAUUCAUCCCGACAGAGUGUAUUGCAUCAUGCGGGGGCCAAUGAAAUCCCCGGUGUACCGGGUAAGCAGCACCCUCUUCUCCCCGUCCCUCAAGCCCCCUAUGAAAAAGAUGAUGUGAGGGCCGACGCGUGUGGAACACCAAGUGCAGCCGGGAUCGCGGUUGAUCGUUGUCGGGGAGCAAAGAUGGAGACCAAAAAGGAACGAUUGCCAAGGAAAGAGAGGGGUGCAGCUUUUCAUGUAGCGUACAUAAUUCCCCCUUGACUACUUCUGCAUCCAGAUCCUUCACCGUCUUCCAGACUUUAAGACCCAUCCACAACGAAUGAUCCCAAUUUUCCUCCUAAAUCUUUUCUCCUAAACUUGGAACUUCGAGAUUUAAAAUUCAAAUUCACGAUGAAUUUGUCUUUCAAACAAUAUUCAAGGUAAAAUUAACAUUUUUUUCAUUUUCUUAUGCAUGAGUAUUAGAUUAAGAGAUUUCUUUAUAAUCGAAUAUCCAAGUUACUUUGUGUUCUUAAGUAGAACACAAGUGACCAGUUAAUCCGGAAUAUGUAUUAAUUUAUUGCACGUAUUCCAGGGUCCAGAUCGUAAAGAAUAAUCGGUCAGUUGGAAACAGUACCUAACAUCCCUUAGGGCCGCGUGAGGAGAAAUGCAGAGGCCAUUCAACUGUCUACGAGCGAAGCAGGCAGGGGAUUUUUACAACGCCCGACUCUCUACCUACUCUCCUGUAUUCUUCUUGCUCUUCUUCCCUCUCUUCGUCUUCUUCGUCCUUUUCUUCGUCUUGUUUCUUAUAGGAUAGCCUCGGCCUUCUUUUUCUAUGCCCUCCUGAUCUCUCUACCCGGCAACGGCGUGGCGAAUCAGGGAAUCUCAUGCGUGAGAAAUUCGAACCUAAGAACCUUCGAAAUAUAUGAAAUUUGAUAUGAAGAAUAUCGCUUCUAAAUAAUAAUUUUUA